AUAACAAAAACAUUAUUUACAUGUUGUGAGCAGUCUGAAGAAGGAAGGAAGCAAGAUCUACGACUAAAAUCCGGGUAAAAUAUCACUUAUUGUCAAAAUGAUAUUCCCAGACUUCGUCACUAGGAGCACUAUACAAUUAAGAUUCCAAGCUAGGAGAAUCUAACACUGAGGAAAUAUUGUGCUAGGUAAUUUUACCACAGAUUUCCAAGGCUUAGGACAAGUAUAGCAGUGCGCGACUGAAGGAACAAGGCGACCAGAGUUUCGAUUGUGAAACAUUUGGAGUUGCAAACCAUGGCUGGGGUUAUGAGUCAUUUUAAGAAGAACAAAGGAGGACCUAAUAUGGUAGGUCAAAGGUCAAAUGAAGAACUGUGGACGAGAACAGGAACAUUUAUCAACAAACCAACAAGGGGUUGGUUACACAUUGAAGAGGAACUCAAAGAACAUGGAGGAGUGUGCUAUGGUGUUAGGUAUGUCGGCUGUGUUGAAGUGAAGCAGUCGAUGAGGACACUACCCUUUGAGAUGAGAGGCCAAGUUACAAAAGAAGCCAUCUUCAGAGUGUGUGAUGCUGCAGGCUUCAAAUACACAAGGAAGAAAAAGGCAAGCAAGACAAUCUGUAAGAUUGUAGGAGAGAACCCCAACAUUCUUUUCGGAGGUGCUAAUGUAAAUCUCACAAUAUCCACAGCCAGCAUUAACAUCAGAAUAAAAGAGACAGGAAAGCCAAUAGCCAAUCAUCAGAUGCAAGGUAUCUCAUUUGCAUCAGGUGGCGAUGCUGAAACUCAGAACUAUGUGGCUUACGUUGCAAAGGACCCAGUCAAUGGAAGAGGUAAAUAUAAUGAACAUAUUCAGACUAUCAUAAGCUAUAGGGCAAUUCCUUGCAAUGCGCUGCUUUUUGUUUUGUAUACAGACUGGAGUUAUGAUGAAAGUUGCUAA